AUGGACGGCGGCGGGCUGGGCGGCUUCCGGUGGACCGCGGAGGAGGCGUCGACGAUCGGGGGCAUCGCCACGGUGUCGCUGCUGCACUCCUUCAUCCCCACGCACUGGCUCCCCUUCUCCAUCGUCGCGCGCGCGCAGCGCUGGCCGCUCUCCCGCACCCUCCUCGUCAGUCAGUACCCACCUCCCCUUCCUUCCUUCCUUCCCCGUGCCUCGUUUUCGCCGGUUGCUGCGAUUGCAGCUCGUUACUGUUUACCGCCUCCAGAUCUGGUGCAUAGUUUGACGAGGGUGGGUGAAGGCUCGCGCCCAAUUGAUCGUGGCAAGAGAGGGUCAUUAGGGUUUUACUCAGCUGCAUUUGGCGGUGUUCUUCAUGUUGUUUCUACUGCUCUUCUCGGGAUAACUGCAGUUACUAUGGCAAAUACUAUAGCUGGCGAAGAAACAGUGCAUAAACUUGCCUCGCUGUUGCUGAUUUUUCUUGGAGGAAGUUAUAUCCUGUUGUUUGCCAUAGGAAAAGGUGGUCAUAGCCAUGCUCAUAAUCAUCCAAUGGAAAAGAUGGCAGUCGCCGGUCUUGUACUUGUACCUGCAUUAUCACCCUGUGCAACAACUCUUCCAGUUUUUCUUGCUGUUGGCAACUCUUCCUCAAUGAUGAUUCUUGCGAUCAUUGUGCUGCUCUUCAGCACCAUCACAGUUAUGACAUCCUUGGUGGCCCUUUCAUUCUAUGGUGCUAGCCAAAUCAAGUUCCACUGGGUUGAGCGCUAUGACAAGAUCCUCGUCGGCACUGUGCUGUGCCUUGUCGGAGUCUUAACAUAUGUGUUCCAUCAUCACGAUGGUGAUGAGCACUCUCUCCACGAGCAUGUGCACCGGAAACUCGUGUCUCCCUAG